GCAUUCGACGGAACCUCCGAAGAUAUCUGAGUCUCUGUGAGGUCUGUGCAGACUCGACACUGGCCAAUUACUGGACGUUCUGAGAAUCUAAGUACUGCUCGACACCACGCAGUGGAACUUUGAAACCCCUUGGUUAAUGUUUCUGCGUUCGCAGAAAUUUUGACCCUAUGGUAGCAUGCUCCCUUAACAGGUCGACAUUGGCGAUAAUAGUGGAACAUUGCCUUUGCUGUGGCGUCAUGACCAUGGUUGCAGCAUACGCCAGUAUGGGGAGUAUUCAGCUCCAUCUCAACGGGAGUCCUUUGACAGAGUCGUGUUCCACUCCGUCCCUCCUCCUAGCCAUCCUUCGUGUAGAAACCACAUAUCAUCGUCCAGAAACCCGGUCAAACACAAACUGCAUCUUCACUCUUGAAAUGCUUUCCUUUACAGUGUCACUUGACGCUGUGGUCUUGCCGAUGCUUAUAACAUGCAAAUGCAACAACGUAGCGAUAAGUGACUUCCCUUGUCACAAUAUUUCUCCUUUCGUAUUUUAUGCAAGAAUGGCGGUUUCAACCUUGACGAACCAACUGCUCGAUGUUUCAGCGAUCGUCGCCUCUCACAAUGAGGUUGUCCCUGGUGGAAACGUUCGCGUGCCACAAAUCAAGCACUCGAUAGGUGAGCAUUAGAUUUCUCCGUUUUCAGGUACUUUGCUGUAAGGAGUUCUAUAUUUGUUUCAUUGGAAUACUCUUGUAUGCAGCAACAUCUCUCUGUUCUAUUGUUUGCGUGCUAUGGCGUAUUGUCUUGGUUCGUUUUUGCGCUUGUCCCACAAAGUCACAACCACUAUUCUUCCACUGGUGCUCAGACCUCUACGCCACUACCCUCCACAUCCCGCCACUGUCCUUGUCUUAUAUAUAAGCCACCAUGUUGUAUUCUCACUUACU